AUGACAACGGAAAUCGGCGAGAAAGAAACAACCGCGGAAGAACGUCUACGCGACAGGCUGGGCGACAGGAGCGAUGAGAAGAACGACGAGGAGAAGGUCGAGGAGCUCUUCGCGGCCAGCCAAGAGGCGAACUGCGACCGAAGAAAACGGAAAUCGACGGACGAGUCGCCAGAGGUGGCUCUGAAGCGGACGAAGUACGAGGGCGGCGAGUCCGAAGAAGGCGACUCGCCCAACUCAGGCAGCUCGUCCAGCUCGAGCACUUCCGGCGUGGACCUUGCCUACGCCACUGAAGAACUCGAGGAGGAAUCGACGAAAAGCUCGAGCGACUCUGUGAUCAAGAGUCUCAACGACUUCAAAGUGUUCGAGUACGACGAAUGCGCGCGCAGCAAAAAUAGCGCCAUCAAGGGAGCGGAGAACGCGUGCGAAGCCAAGAAAAAGAAGAAAGCACGCCCCGCACGCUCGAUCAAGUUCACCGUCGUGCGCGAGUUCAAGUUCCCACGCGCUCAGAGCUUUGUCACUAUGCCCACUAAUGGCGGCUACUCCUUAGGAAUGGAAAAACGCCACAUGAGCGGGCGAGAAGUGAGCCUGGACCGGUACCGAAUCGAGCGAGAACGCUCGCGUCGACGAAAAUACCGACGUUGGUACCAGAACCGCCAGUUGGACGUGGAAAACGACAACUCCGAUUCGGACUCUGAAAACGAGAAUGAAGAAAGCAUGGCUCCGAAUAGUGGAUUCUGUCUGAUGCCUGUCCCUCUCGAGCGGAGGAAGCAGUUGCUCGCGUCGAGCUCGUCCGAGCUCAGCGAGCAGCAGCGCCUCGAGAACGAGCAGCAAUUCGCCGAAAUCAAUCUCAGAAGCUCGCGAGAGAACUGUGGCUGCAACUGCCAAAACAUUUGCUAUCCCGAAUCCUGCGAGUGCCACAUCAAUGGCAUUGGAUGCCAGGUCGAUCGCCAGUACUUUCCCUGCGGAUGUCUUCCGAAGAACUGCUACAACAAGUUCGGACGCACGUCUUUCAAUGUCGACCGAGUUCGCGCGCAUCUCCAGCGCACUCUCCACCGCGUAAACUCGGGGAUCCCUUUCGAAGAGAGCCCAAGCAAUCCGAAUGAGCAAAACAGCAAUGAGCAGCAGUCCUUUUCUUUCGGCGACCAUACACUGCCAUGUGGAAACCCGCCGCCAGUAAAUAACUUUGGAAACAGUCUCUGGAAUCAGUGCUACUCGUGGAGCGACUACACUGCCUAUGACUACUGCAACUCGUACAACAGCGGGAGCUCGUACCACCAGAUGACGCCACACCAACCGUCCAGUACGGGCAUCGAGCAGUACAAUGUCAACCCUGUUCUUUCGGCUCAGAACGAACCGAGCGAGCAGCUGAGCGAGAGUUCAGAAUCCGCCUUUGGAGACGACAACAUGGUCUCUCCUCAACCCCCUCAAACAGAUGAAUCUGGAUUCCAGGCGCCCAACACAGGCCCGCUUGGACUGGAAACGUCGAUCCAACUGCCGUACCAAGAGGACUCAAACCAUUCGGUGCCAUUAUCCGUCGGGUCCGAGUAA